AGCAACGUGAUCUAACUUAGAUCUUCGUGUUGGUUGAUACAUUGUUAUAGCAAGAACCAUCCAACAACUUAGUAUUUUAGUGUUUUCAGUCUGCAGUUUGUCUUGGUAUGUUUUCUUGUGCAUUAUUUUAAUAAUGCCGUGACCAAUUAUGACUUUGAAUGACAUCUUACCUAUUUGCUUAACUUAUGUUUAUUUAAGGGAAGGCAUAGAAAACGAUGAUUUAUGCGUUCAAAGUUCAAAUCAAGAUUCGCGUAUUAGAAUAAAGAAUUACAUUCACCUAUGAUGAGUAAUUUCAUAGUACUAAUUGUUAGUGAAAUCAUGCAUGUUUAUAGAGCAUGGCUUACCGGGUAAUAAAGGAUUGUUCAUUGUCCAAGUGGCGACAUGUGGGACAAGUUGGGACAUGUUGGAACAUUGAUCUCGGGGUCUAGUUACUGGUUUUCAGACAGUACACAGAUUUAAUAUCUGCUUUCUAUUAAAGUUCAUUGUUUAAGUUGCAAUAUCAAAAUACUGAAAUCCCAGGCUAUUUUUCCCCUGUUUCUCAAUAUUCAGUUGGUUUUGACCCCGUUGGCCGUAUCAUUUACGUUACGUAUUCCUCUUUCUUUAGGAGUAAGCUGCGUUCACAAGCAAAUUGUCAUGUUUUAGAUUAUUUUAAAAUUUUAUAUUUAUAAUAUGCUCUUAUAAAAAAAAAAUGUUUUCGUUUACGUUCAACAACGGAACAACUGGUUUGGUAGGAAGCACUUAUCCAUGCUCAAGUAGAAUUUGAACAAGUAUGCCUACUCCCCUUGAAGAUAGAAUAUACAUGAGUCAUGACUUAUGAGAAAAAGUUAGGCUGUAUUUGUCAAUGGUUUUGCAAUUUAAUUUUAUUUUAUGGUGCUAGCUGUCAUACUAGAAUAUUAUUUCUUCAAUUAAAACCGCCCUUAGUUGUUUCCAUAGUUUUUAUAUACAUAUUUUAAUGGUAUUACAAAAUAUAAUACUAGUCCCUGCUUCCACAUAUAAAAUAGCUAUGCCUCUGCAGCUGAAACAAACACUUCACUGCUAAUUAUUCAUAAGAUAACAUAUUCUGAUACUAAAGCAUGGCUUCUUGGUCACCUGAGAAUGCAUCUCAAGCUUUUCUUCGAGCCAUUAAGAUGGGCAAAAGAAGUAAGCAGCCUGAUAUAUCCGAGUUCAUAUCCGCCCUGGCAGCCGGGAACAAUGCACAGCUCAUGGUGAUGGUAUCGGCUCGAGUAGCAGGAUCAACCGCGUUAUCAUUAGUCGCAGCCGCACAUCAAACUGGUGGCCAAGCCGUGUGCAUUUUACCCACAGAAUCCGGUCUUAAUGCGUCAAGAAAUGCAUUGGGGCAUUAUGCAAACUGUAUCAAGUUUGUGGUAGGAGAUGCCAAAACUCUUUUAAUUAAUGACUAUAAAGGAGCAGAUUUUGUGCUUAUUGAUUGCAAUAUUCACGACAGUAAAAAAGUAUUUACUGCUGCACAAAAAUGUGGAAAAAAUGGAGAAGGGCUUAUCGUAGGGUACAAUGCCUUAGGUAAAGGACACUGGCCUUGUGAAUUUAGGACUCAUUUUUUACCCAUUGGAGAGGGGUUAAUGGUAACUAAAGUAGGCAGUAAAAUUGGUAAUUAUGGAGAUGUAAAUAGGAAAAAAAGUAAAUGGGUUUCUAGAGUGGAUAAAUGUACUGGUGAAGAGCAUGUUUAUAGGAUCAAUUAUUUGCAGCAAGAAAUUGAAGCAUGCCAGGGUUAGUAGGUCUAGUGUUCUUGAUAUGUUUAUGAAGAUGUAAAAUGUGAGAGGCAAAAAUGGUACCAUCUGGAUUUAGUUUUAAUCAAGAAAUCCAGUGUACUCUUCGUUGGUUAUUUGUUUUUUUAAAAAAAAAAUAUUGUACUUUACAAAUCAAGUUUGUAUAUAUUUGGACUG